AUGUUAUCUACUAAUCAACAGAUUGAUGCACUUGAAAUAAGUUUAUUAGUAUUUUUAUCAUAUAUAAUUAUAUUAAAUAUUGUUGUAUCAAUAUCACUUUAUGUUAGUUUUGAAUUUAUAUGUUUAUUACAAUCUAAAUGGAUUGAUUGGGAUAUUAAAAUAUAUUAUGAACUAAAUAAUGUACAAGCACAAGCUUGUACAACAACAUUAAAUGAAGAAUUAGGACAAAUUGAAAAUAUUUUUUCGGAUAAAACAGGAACAUUAAUACAGAAUAUAAUGACAUUUAAUAAAUGUUCAAUACGAGAAAAACUUUAUGAUUAUGUAACUGAUGAAGCUGGUAAUGAAAUACAAGAUACUGAAAAAUUAAAAGCAAUUGAAUUUGACGAAAAAGAAAAAGAUGAUUAUUUUCAAUGGUAUAAUCAAAUAUUACUUGAUGCUAUAAAAAAUAAUGAUAAAGAUAAAUUUGUUACAGAAGAUUUUCGUACACUUUAUUUAGCAUAUAGAGAAUUGAAUGAAAGUGAAUAUAGAGAAUGGUCUGAAAAAAUGAAUCAAGCAAAUACGAGUAUGGAAAAACGAGAAGAAAAAGUCAAAGAUUCAUAUGAACAAAUAGAAAAUCAUCUCAAAUUAAAUGGUGCUACAGCUAUCGAAGAUAAAUUACAAAAUGGUGUACCUCAAUGUAUUGAACGUUUAGCACGUGCUGGUAUUAAAAUUUGGGUUUUAACUGGUGAUAAAAUUGAAACCGCUUAUAAUAUUGGUCUAUCAUGUUGUUUGUUAAAAAAUGAUAUGGAAAGUUUUUUUAUUGAAGAAGAAAAUGAAGAUGGUGUUGAAAAAAAAUUAAAAGAAGUUCGAAAUAAAAUGAUUACUAAAAUUGAACAAUUAUUUGAUGUUCAUAUUGACAAUAAAGACAAAAGACUUGAUUGGAAAGAUUGA